CGCUCGGCCUCAGCAGCUCACACCUACGGGCAAAAUGGACUGACAAGCAUCACUGUUUGGGGCGAUGUUCAGAUUUGGUUGACAUGGAAACGGAUAUGAUACCAAAAUUCUCCUCAAAAGACGAGGAAAUUGACUUCUGGAAGGCUCUUUCUCUCAAGUACAAGGAAAGCUGUCAGGAGGCCCGGGAGGAGCUGCUGGAGUUCCAGGAGGGGAGCAGGGAGCUGGAGGCCGAGCUGGAGGCUCAGCUGGGGCAGGCGGAGCACCGAAUGAAGGACCUGCAGUCUGAGAACGGCAGACUGAAGAACGAGGUCGACACGCUGAAGGAGAGGUUUGAGCAUCAGUACGCUCAGAGCUACAAGCAGAUCUCCAUGCUGGAGGACGACCUCGGGCAAACACGCAGCAUCAAGGAGCAGCUCCACAAAUACGUCAGAGAGCUGGAGCAGUCCAACGACGACCUGGAGAGAACCAAGAGGGCGACCAUCGUGUCUCUGGAGACCUUCGAGCAGCGUCUGAACCAGGCAAUCGAGAGGAACGCCUUCCUGGAGAGCGAGCUGGACGAGAAGGAGUCUCUUCUGGAGUCUGUGCAAAGAUUAAAGGAUGAAUCCAGAGACUUGCGGCAGGAGCUGGCCGUACGAGAGAGGCAGUCGGAUGUGACCAGGAUGUCGGCUCCAAGUUCGCCCACACAGGAGAACGAGAAGAUGGACACUGCUGUUCAGGCCUCCCUCUCUCUCCCUGCAACCCCGCUGAGCAAAGGUCUGGACAACGCCUUUGCCAACCCAACAGGUCUAUCAAAUGGUUUCGGCAGCAACUCUCCGUUGACUCCUUCUGCCAGAAUAUCGGCCCUCAACAUCGUCAGCGAUCUACUCCGGAAAGUCGGGGCUCUGGAGUCGAAGCUCGCCGCUUGCAGGAACUUUGCCAAGGACCAGAAAGCCAGGAAGGCGUACGCUCUCGACAACAGCAACGCACUCAACGCAAACACGACCAACUACUCGCAAUCGCUCCACACGUCAUAUUUUGACAAAGCCAGGACCGUGAACGGACUGACAGCCAUCACCGCUCCUCCUGCUGCCUCCUCUCACGGCUUAGUGCCGCUCGCUGUCUGACGGUAAACACAUCACGCAUCUAAUAAGAAGGCCCAACACAAUACUGUUAAACUCUAUUGAUGUACUGUUACCCCGGGCCCUCUCUGUUGUUCUGAC